AGAAAAAGAAUUCAGAAAUUCUCAAGGUUCUGAAAAACGUGGCACAGUAGUUUGGGAGAUGUGGGUGACAACGCAAGUUAGGAGAAGCAGAAGACUAUAUUUGAACAUUGGUACAAUGGACAAGGCAGUAUUCAAUGAGUUUCAUUCAUGGCUCCACCGACAUUGACUAAUUUAAACCCUAAUUUAACAGCUGAAGGAAAGAUCAAUCAGGAACAAGUCAGCUGUUUAAGGGAGGUAACUCAAUAGAAGAUAUAAACAAUAAAGGAAAAAGGCGGGAAACGGUGCAAGCCAUUAACUAACAAACAUGGGGAGAAGAACUGCUAAAUCAAAAGAAAAAAGACAAAAGAAACUGCAGGAAAUUUCUCGUUUAAAAGCGUCAAUUGCGAAAGUUGAAGCUGCUAAUAAGCUGGAAGACCCUCUGUCUAUGUUGAUGCCAUUCAAAAAGUUUGAAAGAAAUGGAUUAGACAUUAAAAUCGAAUGUUCAAAGGUGUCUGAACUUGAUAAGGAAACCAUUGACUGGGCAUUUCAGUUGACGAAAUCUAAUAUGCAGUCAUUGUAUGAAGCUAGUGAUUGGGGAUGGAGUGACCGAGAGAAGAAAACUGAAAUGACAGAAGACAAAGCAUGGUAUUUGAUAGCAAGAGAUUUGGACAGUAAGAAGCCAGUCGCCUGUGUUCAUUUUAGGUUCGAUUUAGAAUGUGAUGAUGAAGUACUUUAUUGUUAUGAAAUCCAAAUUAUGCCUGAAGCACGACGAAAAGGACUUGGCAAAUUCUUAAUGCAAAUCCUGGAGUUGCUUGCUCAUAAAACAGACAUGAAGAAAGUAAUGCUGACUAUAUUUAAACACAAUCCUGUUGGAAGAGAUUUUUUUGUAAAUAAGCUAAAAUACAGUGUUGAUGAAAUCUCGCCACAAACUCCACUCUUCGAAGAAGAAUAUUGCUAUGAAAUACUCAGUAAAAUUAUGCCAGAAAAAAAACCCUCUGUGGUUGAGAAAGCAACUUAACAUUUUAUAAAUUUGUAUAUAUAGAAUAUAAAUAUAUAUAAAUAAUGAUCA